UAUUUUUCAUAUAAAGAUUAAAAAUAAUGAGAAGAUUGAUAUUUAAUGCAGAUCAAGUAAGAAGGGCUUCAACUGUGCUAUAAAAGUUUGAUAUAAGAUAGAGUUUAACAGGAUCAAAGUAAGAAUGAUAAUAAAAUUGAGCAAUAAAGAUUUAAUCGAUGUGAUGGUUUAUGUAUUAUAAAAGCCUUGUGAGAUGAGAACAGCAACAGAUGUAUUUAUGUUGAGAUCAGCAACUAGAUCAAUAGAAUUUUUUAAUAAUCUUGAGUCUGAUUUACUACAUGAAUAAUGUUGUAAGUCUUUGUAAUAUAAGUAUUUACCUGCAGGACAUUUUGUAUUUAAAGAAGGUGAUAUUGGAGAUAAAUUUUAUAUAAUAAUAAGUGGGAGAGUAUAGGUUUUAAAGGAUUUCAAUCCAAAUGAUCUUUAAGCAUCUAUCUAUGAUCAUGAAAUUAAGUAACUUUCAAAUGGAGAUACUUUUGGGGAGAGAGGAAUGGAUGUGGAAGCAACAAGAACUGCAUCAUGUAGAACUCUAGAAAAUAGUCAUUUAGCAUAUUUAGAGAGAGAAAGUUAUUUAACUAUUUUGAAUAAUGUUAAACACUUAAUGAAAAAGACAUAUUUUGAAGAAUUCGCUAAUUUAGAUUUGUUUCAUAAUUGGAAAUUUCAAGAUAUAAAAGCAUUUUAUGAUAAGGCAUUUAUAAAGAAAUAUUCAAUGAAUGCUUGUGUAUAUAAGGAAGGUGGAUCAUUAGAUUAUGUGUAUAUAAUAAAGAAAGGUGAAUUUAAAAUUGUGAAAACAGUCUUAACAUCUACAAUAGAUUUAAAUGAAAUGUUUAUGGGGGAUUUUGAGAAGAUUUUAUUGGGGAUGAAUCAUAAAUAAAAGACAUUAUCAGAAAUAAUAGAAGCUAGAUAUCAAAAGAAAAAAUUUGGAAAUAACUAUUAUAAAUCAAUGAAAAAACUUAUAACAAUAAAAUAUAUAACAAGUGGUUAAAUGUUUGGAGAGAUGGAAUUAUUAAUGUAAAAUCAUAUUAGUAGAACUCAUUCAGUUUAUUCAAAUACUGAUUAAUCAGAAUUAUAUUAAUUGAAAGUAGAGCAUUUUGAAGCUAUUUUAGAUAAAAUACCUUAAAUUAAAUAAUAAUGGAUUUAAUUAUCAGAAUAAAAAAACAAAAACUUUAUUUAAUAACUAUUGUCUUAUGAAAAAAAUUUUAAUGAUUUAACAGAGGCUAAAAGAGAAAUAGAAAAAAAUAUCAAUCUUGACUUUUUAGAGAUUGGAACAAGAGAAAAGCCAAAACCUACAAAACCACUUCCUCGAACUGAUAGUGAAUUCUCUACUACUAGAAAAUAAAAAUUUAUAAAAACUUAAAUAGAAAUGUAAUUAUAGUAAUAGAGUAAAAAGAAGUUCUUGAUUAAAAAACAAUAUUAAAAUAGUUACUUCUUCAAUUCGAUAUCAUCAAGAAUGAGAACUGACGAAAAUGAAGAAGAAGUUACCAAAAAUGAAUAUAAUUUUGUCCAUCUAUCAUGUAAAUGA